AUGUUUAAUUCUUACUCAUAUGAAAAAUAACUUGCCUUAUCCAAAGAGAUUGACAAGAUUAAGAAAGGAUACAUGAGAGAACGAGAAGUUCGCAAAGGUAAGAUUGAUUGAAUAAAUGAAGAGUUAAAUAAUAGGUUGGCAUAGAAUUACAGGAAAAGAGUGGAAAAUUUUGUGAUCAACAUGCUUGAGAAUCCCGUGGUUUGUGCUGAAUACAAACAGCCCAACACUCAAGCCUUUAGAUAGGAAGACCCAACUAAGAAUUUAGGAGAUCCCCAAUUUUAUGUCAAGGGUUUCAAGCAUGAGAAAGAUCGUAUCCAAGAAGCCUUGGACAGAAACAAAGAUCUUGACUUUCUUCCUAAUCGACAAGUGGCUCAUUAUUGCUUUCGUGAAAGGGAUCCAUCUAAAGACAUUAAACGAGACGUGUUUCGAUACAGAGAUAAAACUAGUUUAGAAAGGAUAGAACAGUUUUUGAAGGAUCACACAUAAACCUAAGUGGAGAAUCAGAAAUUCAGCAAGAAGAAAGUAUUUAAUAUAGAGAAUCUCUCGGAAAACAUGAGUUCGCUAGACAGGAAAGCCUAUUUAAGCAGAUUAAUUGCCAAAAAUUUACUUCCUAGUUUACAUCAAAAAACACAUUUUCAAGCUGCGGCUACAAUGUUUAAUAAUUUGCCAUGUAUACUCCUUGUGUUAAUUUUCUAGUGUCUCUUAUGGACCAUGCUAGAUCGGCUCCAUUGUUGAAGUAAGCAGAAGCAGAAGAAAAGAGUAUAAAUUAUUUACCAAUCAAUUUUAGAAUCUCAAUAACAAUAGAGGGAUGUUUAGAAGACUGAAGAAAUGGAAUAGAAAGACAAUAAGAUCAAGCAAGGGAAUGAAUUGGAGACCUUUAAUCCUAUUGAAACUUCUAAAUCUGUGUUGGAAAAGUGUAAUGUCAUUCGCGGUAAGAAUCCUAAAAUUAGUACAAUUCAUAAAGGAUAAGGACAUUUAAUCUCAACUUUGGACAAAUCAAUUUAGGAAAUAUAUAGGGACAUCUAUGGAAUAGAUUUGAGUUAAGGCAAGUUUUUUUAAAAAUGA